UCGGGGCGAGCGGGCGCGCAGGGGAGGCCGCCGCCGCACCAGCAGCAGCUGCAGCAGCAGCAGCAGCAGGAGAAGCAGCGCCGGCGUCGGGGCGCCUGAUCCGGGCGGAUGGCGGAGUCCGGGCCGCAGCCCCCGGGGGGCGCCCCCAGCCGCCACGAGAAGAGCCUGGGCCUCCUGACCACCAAGUUCGUCUCGCUGCUGCAGGAGGCCAAGGACGGCGUGCUCGACCUCAAACUGGCAGCAGACACCCUUGCUGUGCGGCAGAAGCGGCGUAUUUAUGACAUUACGAAUGUGCUUGAAGGCAUUGGGCUGAUUGAGAAGAAGUCCAAGAACAGUAUUCAGUGGAAAGGUGUAGGCCCUGGCUGCAACACCCGUGAGAUUGCCCACAAGCUGAUUGAGCUGAAGGCAGAGAUUGAGGAUCUGGAGCAGCGGGAGAGAGAGUUGGAGCAGCAGAAGAUGUGGGUGCAACAAAGCAUAAAAAACGUUACAGACGAUGUGCAGAACAGCCAGUUAGCCUAUGUAACUGAUGAGGACCUCUGCAAAUGCUUCCCAGGUGACACACUCCUAGCCAUUCGAGCCCCAUCAGGUACUCAGUUAGAAGUUCCUGUCCCUGAGGGCUUAAAUGGCCAGAAGAAAUACCAGAUCCAUUUGAAAAGUACAAGUGGUCCAAUUGAUGUUCUGCUAGUGAAUAAAGAUGCAUGGAGUUCUCCUCCAGUGGUGCUUCCUGUCCCUCCCCCUGAAGAUCUUAUUCAGUGUCAGACAGUCACACCUUCUAAGAGACCACCCAUUGCCCACUCCCGAGAGGCGUCUGUUCCCAGCCGUACACAACCUUCUGCACCUGUACCCAGCAGCACACAAGACCACAUCUGUGCUGCCCUGAAAACAACCUGUGCCACAGAAAGUGGCAUCUCAAUAGCAGAAUCCAAAAGCAGUGGGGAGUUGGACCCACUCAACCCCUCGAUGGCACCAACCAGCCCUCCUGCUGGGCUAGACACACAGCCCCUCCAGUCCUCUGCCUUGCUGGACAGUAGUUCUGUCCUGCCUAGUCCCUCUACCUCUUUUGAGCCGAUCAAACCAGACCCUACAGAAAUACUGGAACUUCCUAAAGAGCUUUCAGAGAUGUUUGAACCAGGCAGAGAAUGCAUGAGUUCUGAGCUGCUGGAAGAAUUGAUGUCUUCUGAAGUGUUUGCUCCUUUGCUCCGUCUCUCCCCACCACCUGGCGACCAUGACUACAUCUACAACCUGGAUGAGAGUGAAGGGGUGUGUGACCUCUUUGACGUGCCUAUCCUCAACCUCUGAUUCCUGGUGUUUGGCUGAAUACUUCGAAGUACUGUGUUUAUCCUUUUAAAAAAGCCACCCUGUCUUUGGAGAAAACAAACACGUCCCUCCAUUUUUAGGAUUCCUUUUUUGCUUGUGCUUAAGAGGCACACUGACCUGCUGCAGGCCUGAGACUUCAAGACAAAGAGGGAUGGAUUUCCAAACUGGCUGCCUUCAGCUCCAGCUCUCUCCUUCCCAUGUUGCAUAAGCCACGUCCUCUGGUUUUACUUUGCUCUAUCCUAGUUGUCCUGUCACUGGAUCCUGGGGCCUCCUUCCCAGAGGCCUGUUGUUGAAACUUCCUGAACAGCAAAAGUGCUUCCUUGGGUCUGCAGGCCUGCUUGGGCUUCAAUGCACUGCUUGGAGGCACUUUGUAUAACACCAGAGCUGGAUGCUUUGGGGCAAGGGCAAGCAAAAGUACUGGACCAAUUCAGCCUGAGAGGUGCAUAGGGGAAAUGACAUUUCAAGUCUCAGUCUCCUUUGUGUAUCCUGAAGUACAAUGAUUGUGCAGGCCAAAGGCUUUUCAUCUGCUCUACUCUAGCAUUGUAGUUAAAAACAAACAAAAACUAAUGAAACAAGUGCCAGUUUUGCACCGUCACUUUCCUCUCAAGAGUCAGGAUCAAGAAAUGGAUUGCCCCAAAUGCCAGCUAUGUCACUGUAUCAGCCAGAGAAGGUCCCUGUGGGAUGAUCUGCUGUGCUGUGAGGCUCCGAAUUGUCCUUCAUGAUAAGAGGGACUUUUGUGAGUAGAUGAAGCUGCGAUUGGGUAGCUCCUUUGAAAUUAGAUGCUGGCAGUGAGAUUUUUUCAAUGCACAGGCACCACAGGUUCUUUUGUUAAAUUGCUGAUUACAUUAGGUUGCCAGGUUGUGCAACUGAACAUGCCUCCAGAGCUUACCCUUGACAUGUCAUCUUUGUUUUCCACUAUCAAGUGUUUUUUACCCUUCCUCUGCUACCCGGCCAUUCUUUUCUGGUCCUUGAUCUGGGGAAGGGUGCACCACCGCCAUUGCACCUCCUUUGCACUUCUUAAAUUCUUGACAGCUCUAUCCAUAUGCCUCAUGGUCUGCACUUGUGUAUUUACCAGAUGCUGACACUUUACAUGGACUUGAUUGGCUUUUGCCUUUGCACACUGUAUAGCCCAGAUGCUUCUUAACUCCAUCAUGAGCUAUGAAGGGCUGGGGCUGAAUUGUAAGCCACCCUGUAUCCCAAUUCUAAACUUUGCUGCUUUGGUGAAAGCCCGGUUUCAUUGUGACAAGUGUGCUUAGCAAUGCAAAUAGCUUUGCAUGAGCUGCCAAGUCUAAGCCAGCCACAUAAACAAGGAAUGCUUAUCUUCUAAUGAGCACAUGGCCAGUGAGAACCAGUUGGAGCUGGCAAGGUCUACUUUAGUUUCAGGGUUUAGUAACCUUUGGCCUCUUGGUGUUUUGGUCGACAAGUCCCAUGAGCCCCAGCCUGUAUGGCCAAAGGUGGGCUGUGGGAGUCAUAGCUCCACUUCUGCUCCUUUGGUUCCUCCAGGUGGCACUUGACACCUGCAGUUUCUUCCCAUUCCUUCUAGGAUGGCAGGAUGCCUUUAGGAAAGUAGAAGUCUUUCCCACCUGCUCCUGUGUGCCAGCUCCCUGGUUGGGGUGUGUGUAUGUGUGUAUAUAUGUGUGUUUGAUCGGGAGAACUCCUGUUCAGCAUCCAAUCUUUCUUUCACCUUUGUGUCGACUUCUUACCCUCUCUUAGAUGACUUCCUGGAAAAGACACCUAGAGAAAAUGUACAAUGGGGUGAAAAUGAGUUUUGAUUCAUAUAUGAAGAUUAUUUUUAUACUUUUUUGCAGCAACAGAGACUUGACUGUAAUAUUUGUACAGUUUUUUUUCCUGAGUGAAUAAACAGGAACCUUUUCAAA